AUGGUUUUCUGGUCAUCGAAAAGUGGUAUUAAUUCGAAAUAUACGUUCUCGUCUUCACCAACGUUUACCUCUGAUCCAUGGAGUGUGUAUACAGGUAGGCCGAAGAGCUCCUCAGCUCUGGGACGAGUAUCACUGUUCCAAUUUGACAAGAAACAGUUUGAAAACUAUCUUUUGAACUAUGGUAUCAUCAAAUCGAAGUCUUCAUCGCAAGACAAGAUGUUAAUACAAGAGGCUUAUCAAAUAUUAAAGAACCAGGUGAAUAACCUGACCAAACUUAAACAUCCAAAUAUUUUAACAGUUGUUGAACCCAUAGAAGAACAUAGCAAGACUUUCUUAUUUGUCACAGAAUAUGUGACAGACUGUCUGGAGUCCCUAUACAAUAAUGAUAGCACGAACUAUGGUAGAUUUUCCGACAGUGGUGAAAAUAUCCUAUCCAGUAAUGGCGCUUCUUUGCCCGAUAAUAUCCUUAUUCAAAGAGGAAUCCUACAGAUUGUCAAUGCGCUCGAGUUUAUCCACACUAGAGCAGGUUCUGUACACCUAGAUCUACAACCACGCUCUAUUUUUAUAAAUGAAAACUCAGAUUGGAAAGUAUCAGGCUUAGGGCAUCUUGUGAAGCUAGGUGACAAUUUGCAAGGCGGCAUGUCUACAGAUUUCUUUUUACCAAAAUACGACCCUAGAAUUCCUUCCUUCAUGCAUAUUAAUUUUGAUUAUUCUGCACCGGAGUUGAUUAUGGAUAAUACUGUCUCGUUUAAGAAUGAUUUUUUUUCAUUAGGUUUGCUAAUAUAUUUCCUUUACUCGGGUAAAUCUUUACUACACAUUGAAAAUUCAGAGAGUCAAUAUAAAUUAGAAUACAAUAAAUUUGAGAGGAAAAUAAGUACAAUGUCAUGGGAUAAUGUAUUUUCUAAGGUACCGCCGCAACUGAGGGUUUUGAUACCAAAAUUGAUGAGUAGAGAUAUUAUAUCGAGAUAUGAUACAUUGGGUGAUCUUCUUGACUCUGAAUUUUUUGAUAACCCAUUAUUAAAGAUGCUGAACUUCUUAGAUGAUUUGCCGACGAAAAAUAAUAGUGAAAAGUUGGUAUUUUUAAAAGGUUUGGAUGAGUAUCUAGAUCAAUUUCCUUCUUCAUUGCUCCAAAAGAAAUUUCUUCCUAUUUUAUUGGACCUACUUAUACAGUUAUGUCAGGAUAAAGAGCUAGAUGGAGAAUGUAUAUCACAUGAUAUCAGCUUAAUUAUCAAAAUAGCAUCCAAUCUGUCACAGUUAUCAUUCCAUGAAAAACUAUAUCCGAUUAUUGUUGGUAAUAAGGAAAACUUCAAUAUUUUGCUAGAGAAAUCAAAUACAAUCUUGAUCGAGAACAUGAAGAUACUACAGGAGAAAUUCAAAGCCGCUGAUUACGAUCAAAAUUUCUUGAGACCUUUAUUAGUCUAUGUUCUACAAACUAUGCAAUCUGAAUCUGCGGUUAAUUCUCAGGAAAUGUUAUUGAAUCAAUUGGAUCUAGUUUUAAAGACAUUUGAUUUCCCAACAGUUAAGAAUUUCUUAUUACCAUUGAUUGCGAAACUGUUUGUGAAGACGACAAGCUUGACUAUCAAAAAUAGUUGUGUGACAUCAUUCCAAAUUCUAAUUGAAAAAAAAAGUAUUGACUCAUACACUGUAACAGAAGAUCUUUUGCCAUUAUUUAAGACUAUGAAAACAAGGGAUCCAAGAAUUUUAAUGAAAUGCUUAUCUCUUUUUAAACUCGUACCGUCGUUAGUGAAAGACGAGGUUAUUUUGGUUGAACAGUAUCUUCCAUUGCUAUGGAAUUAUUCUAUGGCUUCAACUUUGAACAAGUCACAGUUCACCGAAUUUACCAAGGUUGUUAAUAAAAUAUCAGCUGACAUUCAAUCAAUACAUAUUAAUAAGCUUAAAGAAGGCAGCAAUGAAAAUUAUGAACAUGAUAACUCUGAUAAAAAUAAAGCAUUCACAAAGAUCAUCGAAGCCCAAUCCCAACCAAAGCGUGAAGACCGUGAUACUACACUGGCUAAGAGUAUCGCUACGCCUGCAAUUCAGCCAAGAAGAAAAGAAACGCCACCAAAACCUUCAAUUUUGGACAAAAGACCGAUUACUUGUAGUAUACCAGCCAGACGGACGAACCCAUCAUAUAAUAAAUCUAUACCUACAGCAAGUAUCACUUCACCGCCAAACGAUAGCCAGCCACAACAAUCAUUGGAUGACGAAUUUGAUGACUUUGUUUCUGCUGCUACAACACCAAAACCUCAUAGUAUCAACAAUAACACCAGCCCUGUAGUCACACCAAGUGCACCAGGUCUGACGUCUUUACCUCCUGGAUUUAGCAUUCCACUACAACCGAAAAAAAACUAA